AAUGGGGGUCGUUGCGUAAUAUUAGACGAAGAGAUGUACGGGUGUGAUUGUCCAAUCGCUUUUUCCGGAUCGGUUUGCCAGUUCGAGGACGUGUGUGCAAGUGCACCUUGCAUAAAUGGGGGCACUUGUGAGUCACUCGGGUCUUCAGGCGUCUGCAGCUGUCCGCCUGAGUGGACGGGACAGUUUUGCGAGGAUGAGCUGCUACCAGAAGUUAAGCAGAAAAUAUCUGGAUCAAAAUCAUCAAAAUUAUUAGAACAAGGUGUUCAAGGAUCUGGAUAUGCGUUGCUUGUCGAAGGUCAGGAUGAGAACAAUUUGGAGCCACCCUACUCCAUGCUUGGUCACCUCUACAAAAGUAAACUACCCAAGAAUCCAGCCUCCUCAGAAUUUCUCUCCUUAAAACCCAAAGAAUAUUACCAAGACCAUGAACUCGAAGAGAGACGCCAAGUCAUAAGAAUCCCAGGAUUUGAAGAUAUUAACUCCUCCAUGAUAAGAAUCGCGUCGGAUGGAACGGUCUACGUGAGGCAGCCGAGGAGGAAAAAGGACUCAAAAACUAAAGUUGAUCAAUCAAAAUCAUCCAUCCUAAUUGACCUCAAAGACCAAUCUACUAACAAAAAUAAUCACAGCCUCGACCACAUCGUUGACGCCAGCAUAGUAAAAGUAAUGCCAAACGGGGAGCUCUUCAUAAAAAUGAAAAUUCCCAAAAAGUCUCACGGAGAAAACUUGUUACACAACAUGUAGUCAUCACAAAAAAAGUAGAUACAUAAUCAACAAUAACAACUUAAAUUGUAAACACUUUUUCAUAACUUGUUGACACUAUACAUAAAGUGAACGAGUUAUGUACUGUGCGGGUGGAGCUUAAACCUACGGCCUCCUGAAGUACCUUGUGCUGAGACUAGGGUUUCUCGUGAGUUUAGCUCCAUUCGCACAGCACAUAACUAACUCACUUCAAGUAUAGUCUACAAGUCGUAGUUUUUUCCA